GAGAAGGAAAGGAAGAGAGAUUAGACGAAGAGCAACUGUUCCCCUCUUUCGUGAAGCGCGGCCACGAUGCAUCCAAGAAGCGCGGCCACGGUGCGGCUCUGCCUUGUAUGCCUCGCUCUCCUGCUGCUGACCCGAGAUGUCCACUCCAGAAAUUUCGUAGGGGCCGUGGUGCAGCAGGAGAAGCACAAGCAGAGCCAUGGCGGCCACGGCGCAGCCACCCUGGAACCGCCCGUUGAGGAAGGGAGCAACGCAGGUGCCAAGAGGGGACAGCUGCAGCGUGAUCCCACGAAAUGGGAGGAGAUCCACACGGAUUACAUCUACACCCAAGACGUCAAACACCCGUGACACUAUGAGUCGCUCGUGUUUAGUAGUAGUAUUAGUCUGGGAUUUGCGUCUAGGUUUCAGCAAUUGAGCUAAAUCACAAACUAAUCCCUCCUCUGUUAGAAGCAUGUAGUCAGUGGUGUACUGUAUAAUUACUGCAGUCUAGCUUUGGCAUCCUUUAGUUACUUAGUUAAUUAAUAUAUGUAUAAUUACUGGUACAAUCCUGGUAAUUUUG